AUGCAUUUCACUAUCCUUGCCCUGUUGGCCUUUUCUUAUAAUUUUGUCUGCAUCGGUGCGGCCCGAUUCACAGUCCCUGUACAUUUUUCAGUGUUCCAUGACCAGAACAAUCAGGCGGAUGGGAACUUUCCCGACGGUGUGUUGCAGCAGCAAAUGCAGGUGCUGAACUCUUUUACUCAGCAAAUCGGCCUCACUUUCCAAAUAGCAUCAGUGAGACGGAUUCCAGUGCCGUACAAUGUUCUCCACGGCUCGCAUGCUGGGAACAAUGUCGAGAGAAACUUGAAGCAGUAUCGCCAAGGGAACGUACAGGCGCUUAACAUUUACACCGUUGGAUCUAAUCCUAACGGAGGAUCAACCAGCGCUACAUUUCCACAGGAUUACAACAGCGACCCCCGAAACGACGGCAUUGUGAUUGACUACGGGUUCCUCCCCGGCGGCCGUUAUUCGGGCUACAAUACUGGCAAAGCACUUGUUCGUGAAGUAGGACACUGGGCAGGUCUCUUUAACACUUAUGACGGCGGCUGUGGUGGUAACGGAGACGGGGUUGACGAUACCCCAGCCGAGUUACCUGGAGCAAGUGGAUGCCCCGCAGGUCGCGAUAGUUGCCCUAACAAACCAGGCGUCGAUCCAAUUCACAACAUGAUGGACAGUACAGAUGACAACUGCCGAUUACUCGGCGAAUUGGAGGCAGAGCGCCAGGGUUGA